AUGGAUGAGCAACCCCAACUCCCUCGCCUCAGCCCUCACCUCAAGGAUGCCGUUUAUAGUCACCCAGGAAACGGCGAAAUGGCCCAGGCCGCUCAAGCAUACCUUGACAUCUCGAUCCGUCAAUGGAUGCUGCAAUUUCCGGGUGUGGAGAAGCACCCACAGCUGACGAACUGGAUCAACAAAAUCACUUCUUAUGAACGACUAGCAAUAUUCUUCGAUCUGUAUGAGAUGGAAGAGACGUCCAUUCGUCUACCAGUGGACGCAAAUCCCAGCGGUAGAAAAAGUGUCCGGGUUCACGGACAAGUUUUCAAGGCCUACAUGGGUGCAAUCGUCAAGGAAUACGGUGAUUCUGCGCUGUAUACUUUCAUGGGUAAACUGUUGAAGUACUAUAUGAAUGUUAUUGGUGCUGACUGGGUCAACUGGAUCCGGUCGGUCGUCGCUGCUGGGCAACGCACUUGA